AUGAUUUUUAAUCAAAAAAGUUUUUUACCAAUAUAUAAUCUUUCUAAAAUAUUCAUUAAUUCAUUUACACGCAUUGAUAAUGUUCGUCCACAGAAAAUCGAUAAUACACUGAAAGCGGUUCAUAACUCAAAAACUUUAUCUAGAUUGAUCACUUCUACAACGACGACAGAGCCAUUAACUUCACCACUUCCACCACCUUCGCAUUCACUUCCACCAUCGAAGUAUCCUCCCCACACCCCAUCAUUCUCGACCACUACAAAAGAAUAUCUAGAUCGUUUACGAGACCAACUUCAUUAUUAUGCAGUUAUAGAAAUUCGAUCACAAAAAUUCUUGAUAACAAAAAAUGAUUUGGUCAUUGCCCAUAGAUUACGUGAUUUGGAUGUUGGGGAUGAGAUAAAAUUAAAUCGGGUGUUGGAAUUGGGUUCAAAAGAUUACACUAUUAAAGGUAAGCCUCUAGUUUCCGAGGCAUUUUAUAAUAUUAAAGCUACCGUGAUGGAACAACCCAAGGGACCUUUUAUUGAAAUCUUUAAAAAGAAACGAAGGAAUAGGCAUAGAAAAAGAGUGACUCAUAAACAAACUUAUACAGUGUUGAGAAUCUCUGAAGUUGAAGUUAAUAAAUUGUUAUGA